CUUUCUAGCCCCAUCGGCGUUCGUGGGCUUCUUCCACUGGAAACCUAGACGACGCCCAUCCCUCCUCUCUGAUCCGACGCCGCGGCUUCAGCCACCGUCCGUCUGUUCCAGCCUAGGCAGGGACGAACCGCAGUGAUCAAACGAGGUUUGCAGAUCUAACACUUGGGAAUAGGACAGCCAUGUGUCUCAAGAUGUCUUUAUCUGCCUGACCUCUUUUUAUUGGUCGGAUGCUGACGGUAUUCAGUCUGUUUGGGUGGAGUUUCAUAGUCUUUACAACAUUGCUAAUGGAUGUGACAGACCAAGCUGAGCAGCCUUCCCCAUUGAAAGAUGAACCUGACUUUGACCCCAGCAAAAUGAUUGGCAUCAUCAAAAGGAAGGCUUUGAUAAAAGAACUGGCUGCUGCUUACCACUCGGAAUGUUUGGCCUACUGUCAGAAACUUCAACAGCAUCAAAGAAGAUGGGAAGAGGAGCAGCAAUUUAUCAAAAGAAAAACUCCCCCGGAGGUUGGCCAGAGCAAGCGGACGACAAAACCUACCAAGCGUCGAAAGAAAGGGUUAUAAGAUUUUGUCUCAACUAGUUGAUGACUGGUCUUAUUUUCAGUUAAUUUUUGAAACAUUAUGAACCUACAAGAUUACAGCUUGUAUUAUAGAUACCCUGUUCGGUGA